CGCAUCUUCGGCACCAGUGUGCGUCGUCAAAGUGGCGGUUUUCAGCACCGGGCGUUUGUUUGGCGGCUGUGGCAGGCGACUAGAUAUGGAGAGCACGGGGUUCUUAGAUAUGGACGUUCACGGGUGCGGGCAGGGUCUUCGGGAUGACGAAAUCGAGGCAGUGGCGAUGGUCGUGACUGCCGUCGUCGUGAACACGAUGCGUGGUGACCGGUCCUCGUCACGCGACGCGCUGGCGGAGCUCCGCAAACGACGAGCGCUGUUGCAGCGCAUUGGCGAAGCGCCAGAUUGCGUGGCCACGUGCCAGGCAGUCAUCCACUUGUGCGCCGCGCUGUCUUCUGGCGUUUUCCCGCGGGAGACCCCGCGCUGGUGGAUUAAACGACGGACUAGCGGAACAUGGGAGGACCUCCGCCUGUGUGACGACGCGACGAACGAGUACUACCGCCAAAAGUUGCGCAUGUCGAUGGCCAUGUUCAGGCAGAUCGUGGUCGCGUGCGCUGCGUACGUGGAGAAGAAGGUGACGCACUAUAGGAUGCCAUUGUCGGUGGAGCAGGUCAUCGCGUCCGCGCUGUACAGAAGAGCGUCAGGAGAGACGUACGAGAGCGGCACUUCUGCCUUCGGCAUCGGGAGAGCAACUGGACUGCAGGUCGUCCGCGACGUCACUUCGGCACUGCUUCAGGCGUACCCAGACGCGAUAAAGUGGCCAGUGGGCCGUAGACGCGCGCAGAUUCUGCGCGCUUUCCGUGACAAGGGUUUCCCCAACUGCUUCGGUGCAAUCGACUGCACACACAUCUUCAUUGACAAGCCCGUCGGCGCACCAUCUGCCAACUACUACGACCGCAAACAGAAGUUUUCCGUGCAGGCGCAGGUGGUAGUGGAUUUGGAUCUGCGGAUCAUGGACAUCCACAUCGGAUACCCGGGAAGCGUGCACGACGUCCGAGUCCUGCACAAUUCCCAGCUGUGGAGGCGUGUACAAGCUGGCGAGCUGUUCGACGCACCUCCGCCGUACGAAGGAAUCGACAAAGGUCCUGAGGAGGAGCGGAUUGACACGCAGCAGAAGGUGGCGCGGGGGUGUGUGGAGAGAACUUUCGGGCGGCUGAAGUGCAUGUGGCAUCUUUUCUUGCGCACCCACAAGACGAACCUGGAUACCUUGCCGCAGCAAUUCGUGGCAGUGUGCACUCUGCACAACAUCCUCCUAGACGUCGGGAUCGACUUCGAUGAAAACCUGUUGUGGGAGGUGGAUGAGAAUGGUGUGCGUCGGAGAGUGGAUUUGGGCAUUGUGGGGAACGGCGCGGGCGGGCGGCAACGUUGCACGAACGUCGACGGGGACUUGUUGCGUGACGCUCUUCGAGACCGACUGGCUUUGAUGUAGGAGCACUUAGACGCGUGGUGGGAAUU